AUGACAUAUCAGCCCAUCAACGACGACGCCAACAAGCUCAUUCAGGCGGACGAGGACGACCUCGAUACCCUCUCCUUUGGCGCAAACGUCCCACUUCCGCGCACGCCAGAACCGCCCCUCUCGGCCUCAGGCAAUGCCUCUGCGGGCCCAUCGAACAUCUCGGGGCGGAUAGGUCAGACGUCCCAGCCCGGUGGGAGCGGGACGAGGGGAGCAACGUCUACUUCUUGGGGUGGGGUGAAGGUGGAGACGCGGUAUACGGGCGAGUCGACAUUGGACGAGCCUGUCAGCACGACGAUAAUGAGAGACCUGUCUUCAAUAUACGCCAAAUUGCAACAGGUGCUGUAUCCGCCAAAAGGAGGAGGAAGCAAUCAGCUUUUGAGAGACUGGGAUCUAUGGGGUCCGCUUGUGAUCUGCUUAUCACUCGCCAUUAUCCUCUCUAUAGACGCCCCAAAAGAGCAGUCUAUGCAGGUCUUCUCGCUCGUCAUCUCGCUCAUCACCAUCGGGUCUGUGGUAGUGACUAUCAACUCAAAGCUGUUAGGCGGGAAAGUGUCAUUCUUCCAAAGUCUUUGUGUCCUCGGCUACGCGCUCGCCCCCAUCCUCCUCGCUUCUAUAAUAUCAACCCUCGUACACAACCUGUUUGUGCGGAUACCAAUCAGCCUGGCCUGCUGGGCGUGGAGCGUAUGGGCAUCAAUGAACUUCUUCACUGGCACCCGCCUACCCGAAUCCCGGACCUUCCUUGCCGUCUACCCGAUGUGCCUCUUCUUCUUCGUCCUAGCUUGGAUGAUCAUGAUACAAUGA